AUGGCUCCAACUUCAAUCGUGCCUGCCCCCCAGCUAGCCGCUUCUACAUCUCCACCUCUCUCGCCGCAGACUACAUCCCCAACUUCCACCCGCUCCCGGAUACGAGCAUUCAACUAUCUUCGCGGCCAUCACCAUUCCAAUACUCCCACUCCCGUUCCUCCUCCUCCUCCGUCAGCUGUUGCUGGUGCUCAGGGUGCUUCUGCUAUGACGACGACAUCGACAUCGACUGUCCGGCAAGUUUCGACAAACUCCGGAUCCACAGAAGAUCAACACAACAGCAGUUCUACGAGUUCAUGGCUCCCUUCCGUCAGUAGCAUUCCCGGCCUUUCUCGAAGACCGUCUGCUCCGGUGGCUACUGAAUCUGUAAUUGCACACGACACUACGAGUCCUCUCUCCCAGAUCCGUACUGCUCCUCCUGCUACUCCAACAUCUCCUAUUACUACGACUAUUACUGCUCAAGCGAAUAGCAACGGCGGAAUCUCGUUAGGUCUUAACGGGGCCUCCGAGCACGCUGCUGCUUCUCCAACGAAUGGAAUGGCAACUUUACAAGUGCAAGGUACUAAUCCGGGUACUCUGAUAAGUGGGCUACCUGACGGAAAAGUCCCAUCGAUCCGAUUCGUGCCUCAUGUGGAUCCUAGAUCCACCCGUCGGCCUCAUACCUUUGCUCCUAUGGAGAGAUCGAUCAAGGCUAUCGGAGAGGUAGUUAAAGUCGGUAGAUUUAGCGACCGAGAUAACGGAAACCCCGUUGGUUUCAAGUCUAAAGUGGUAUCCCGACGGCAUUGUGAAUUCUGGUGGAGUGAUGGGUCCUGGUUCAUGAAAGACGUGGGAAGUAGCAGUGGUACAUUCCUUAACCAUGUCAGACUCAGUCAUCCGAAUACAGAAAGCAAACCCUACAUUGUUCACGAUGGGGAUGUUGUUCAACUUGGAAUCGACUUUAAGGGAGGCGAAGAGCUCAUCUUUAGAUGCGUGAAAAUGAAGCUCGAGUUGAACAGAGAUGCAAAAUCUAUUAACCAGUUUAAUGUCGCUGCACAUCGGAGGAUUCAGAAUUUGGGUAAACCUUCCGUGAAUAAGGGAACGGGAAGUGAUUCCCAUGCGGGCGAGUGUGCUAUAUGCCUUUUAAACAUUGCACCUUGCCAACCGCUCUUUGUCGCUCCGUGCUCACAUGUGUGGCACUACAAGUGCAUUCGGCCAAUUAUCGAAACGACUUAUCCGAUUCUUUCUUGCCCGAAUUGCCGUGAAAUCGCAGAUCUUGAGGCUGACAUUGAAGAACCGACAGAUGAGAAUUGGGAAGAUCUAGAUAAAGUAAAAGACGACUCGGCAAACGAGUCGUCAGGAAAGGCUGAUGAUGCCGCACAGCUUGCUACAGGAGAACAGGUAGAGGAUCGAGCAAAGACACCACAGCCGGAGGACCCAGCAGCCACUGCUACCGAAACCGCACCAAUGCAUAUUCGGCUGCCCGCCGUGGAUACUCUUGUGACAAAUGGUGGGGAUGCUGCCACUGACCCGGCGAAUCAAACCCCGAGGAACAACGCCGGCCCCUUCGUUUUGAACGGUACAACCGGCAGAAUGUGA